AUGGGGCGGCCAUCCUAUGGUAGCCUUGCCCAACAGUAUAAAUUCCUAGACGAUGCUCCCCCAGUACCGUCUACAUUCCCCAGCAAGUUGCUACGGGAUUCAAAUGCGACUACGUUCUCUGAAGCAAAUAUGCCCCACGGCGAGACCCAACACGACCAGGAUCAGCAUAAGCGCCAUGGCAGUGGUAAUCUCAAUCCGUCUACCGAGCGCACCAGCGACCAGGAUGCCCAGGGGGAUCGGCUGGGUGGUCUCCGUGCUUCAUCCCACGCCAACUCGGACCGUCUAAGCAGUAACCGCGGGUCCGCUGAACUUUUUUUUAGAAGUCCUACCCCGAGUUCCAAUGGUACGCCAUCGGAACUCCUCGACCUCCCCCAGGAGCGGUCAACCUCCCCUGCAGACAUGCAGGGUAUUGAAUACAAAGCUUACAAGAGUCCGGGCCUCCCUCAUCUUCCACCCCCCGACCAGGAGCUUGGCGACGUUGAUGAACCCUCUGGAGCACAGAGGAGGAAUUCGGAUGCUGUCAGCGAAGCUGCUAUUUCAAUCACUAACUUUGCCCGCGAGUUGGGCUUAGACACUAUGGACAGUGCGGCGGAGAGCUCGACAGCUUCCUCGGAUUCAUCGCCGAGUGAUACGCGAAGCGGCUCUUCUUUCUCUAGCAUCGGAUCAGCUAUCAGUAUGUCCAAGCGUCACCCGUCCGAUCAAGGCCAACUAGGUACCUUAGUGGAGGACCUACAAAAAGGAAAUGGCGAGAAUACAACGAUGUCAAUGGCAGGGUCGGACACUCUCGAGCCUCCCCGGAUGCCGCAACAUCUUUUCAGUCCAGACUCCCCAACCGAUCCCGCCAUCAGUAUGGGAAGUGUGUCCCUUCUUCAUGAUAAGCCCAUGCAAAAACCGACAAAGCAGGACCAGCCGGAGCCCCCUGCAACAACUAGCCCUACCACUGAUCGACCUGCCCGUGCAGCCCCCCGCCCAAAGGGCCCUUGCCGCGGCUGUGGCGAGAUGAUCAUCGGUAAAUCUGUGUCGUCCGCGGAUGGCCGGCUUACGGGCCGGUAUCACCGGGCCUGCUUUGUAUGCUAUGAUUGCAAAACUCCUUUCCAAACCGCCGACUUUUACGUCUUGGAUGACCUUCCAUAUUGCGCCCAGCACUAUCACCAGCGCAACAACUCUCUGUGCCAUACAUGCCACACUGGGAUCGAGGGACAGUAUCUGGAGACAAUCGAACGACGGGGUCACGGGCCGGCCGAUCGUUUCAAGUUCCAUCCUGACUGUCUCACUUGCCGCACCUGCCAAGUUGCGCUGAAGGGGGAAUACUUUGAAUGGAAUGGUCAAGUGUACUGUGAGCGUGACGCCCGCCGCGCCGCGGCUUUACCACCACCCCCUCGCUACCAGCGUCCAGGCCCGGGAUUAUACCCGCCCGGACCGCUACCCCCCCAUGCGCGUCAACCCUCGCGGGGCUAUCCCCGUCCUCCACCUCCCGGAUAUGCAGGACGCCCCAGAUCACCACGUCCACCUGGCCCACCUGGCCCACCUGGAACCCCAACUACCCGUCUCCCGCCACCAAGCGCACUCGACGGACCGUACGGAAUGACCUCGAAUAGUGGCGGGCGAUUCCCAGAGCGGAGAACUACCAGAUUAAUGAUGAUAUGA